AUGGAGAAACCGUGGCUGAUAUCGCUGUUCCUCGCCGUUCUGAUCGACGGCCAGGUGGUAGCCAAAAUUCUAACGGAAUGCGAAAUCGUGCAACAGCUCCAACAAGCUAGAAUCUCAAGGAGCGAUAUCAGCAGUUGGAUCUGUUUGAUGCAGAGCGAGAGUGGAUUGAACACGAAUUUGAUAACUGGCCCGAAGACGGCCUCCAGCUACAGUUACGGGAUCUUCCAAAUUAAUAGCGCCAAGUGGUGUUCCAGGGGACAUAGCGGAGGCAUUUGCAAAAAACGCUGCGAGGAUUUCGCGAAUGACGAUAUCAGAGACGAUAUCGCGUGCGCUAAGAAGAUUCAAAGUUUGGAAGGGUUCAAGGCGUGGGAUGGUUGGGUGAAGAAUUGCAAAAAAAAGCCUUUGCCAAAUAUACAGAAAUGCUCACGAUGAGAAGGAAUAAUACUUUGAUCGAAGCCAAUAAUAAGCCUUAAAAUAAGAUGGAUUUUCCAAAAACAUGGUAAAAUAAUUAAUAAUUAAACGUUGGACCUCGCUUGAAUUUUCAUAUAUCUCAUAUCAUAUAUUCAAUUUUGUUGAUUUUAAUAUACAAAAUAUAAUUUUGUUUGUUCCGGAAAUCCAUUGAUCCUCGAUAAAGUUAAAUAUGAGAUAGGAUGCUAUUUUCAAACCAACGAAUUAUUCAUUAUUUUUAUUUAAAAUUUUCUUAUUCAUUCUGCUAUUUUUAUUCAAUCCAUUUUAAGUACUGCGAUGAGAUUAUGGAAUUAUUCGAUUAAUAUUGUUAUUCUUACACGUAUCAUCACGUUAUUCAAUAUAAUUUAAAAAUAAUUUAGAAAUCAUAUUUGAAUGUUUAUAAAUGGGAAAAGAAGUACACACUAUGUAACACGAUAUAUCUAUGAUUUAUUAGACGUAUCAUUGAUAACGUCUUAGAAAUCACGUACCGAUACGUCUAUUUUUUAUUUCAUAUCAUCUAUUUCCACAUUUUCUAUGUAUGAAAAAUUACUACGUAUAAAAUAUAUAAUUUUAUGCUCGUAA